AUGAAGAUGCAGAAUUUGGACUUCACGAUGAUCCAUAUUCCUGGGAAAGAAAACGUCACCGAUUACAUGUCCAGAUACGCCCUGUCAGAUAGCGAAAGGACUGGAGUCGAGAAACACGUGAGAGCAGUGACUCAAGCUGACCACGCAGUCGUGCUAGAGAAAAUCGCAACUGAAACCGAACAAGACGCAGAGCUACAGCAUCUUAUGCAUGCCAUGCAAACGGGUGUUUGGGACAAGAAAGAGCCAAUUCUAAAGCCGUACAUUGACGUACAAGCAGAACUGUACGAAUCAGAAAACGUCAUCCUCCGACUGAACAAGAUCGUGCCUCCAGAAAAUCUAAGAGCCAAAAUCGUACGAAUCGCGCACAAGCAAGGACACUUAGGACUAUCUAAGACAAAAGAAAUGAUUCGACAUAAGUAUUGGUGGCCAGGAAUGAACUUGGAGAUCGCAGACACGGUAAAGCGAUGCUUUGAAUGCCAAAUCUCCACUGAAACGAAGCACACAGAACCAGCAAAGAAGACAAAGCUCCCAAGCAGACCCUGGACAACUGUGGAAGUAGACUUCUGUGGACCAUUUCCGAACGGUAGAUAUGCACUUGUGGUAACAGAUCAAUAUUCCAGGUACUCAGAGGUAGAAUUUACGGCCACGACGUCAUUUGAAGCGACGAGAAAGAAGCUGAAGAAAAUCUUCGCGAUACACGGUGGUUCCUCAAAACCUUCAGAGCGACAACGGACCACCGUUUAACUCGCAAGCAUUCAACGACUUCGCACGAGAAUCAGGAUUCCGGCAUAAACGUAUCACACCACGUCACCCGAAAGCACAAGGUCAAUUGGAAGGAUUCAACAAGUUAGUGAACAAAAUUAGGACUAUAGCACGACACGACCGCACCAACCCAGACGAAGCCAUCUACGAUAUGUUGCAAGCAUACCGAAGUACUCCACACCAAGCAACGCAAGUACCACCAUGCCAGCUACUCAUGAAUAGUGAGGUAAGGACGAAGCUGGACCACUUUCCAACAGGAACGCAUCAAGACGAUAAGAAAGUGCGAGAAAAUGAUUCCAAUUACAAGAGCAAGUGUAAAGAGUACCAUGGCAAAAGACACAAGACCAAGACACACAAACUGAAACCAGGUGAUGCUGUUCUGGCCAAACGUGAAAACAAACGCAAGGGAAAACACCGUCCGAACAAUACGUCUAUGUUGUCACAGAGAUUAAAGGAUCACAGAUCAACGCAAAAAGAAUCAAAGACGAACGGAAGAUCUGCCGAGAUGCAAGCUAAUUCAAACAUCCACGGACAACGAAACCUAACGAACAAAUCCUACCACGAAAUGAAAACAUACCAUCCGUUAGCAUACCAGAUACAACCGAGACAGAACAGCCAACAGCUACACCAACCAACAUCGCAGAACCCAACGAUAGCACUGAGAAGCAACAACAACCAGAGCCUGAAUCACAACCUGUACAACCUGAGCAGCAACCAAGAAGUUCAGAACGCUUGA